AUGUCAAAGUGGAAAAAUGGAAAUUAUGGCCUCAACAGUGUGCCGCCACAUAGCCGGAAGGGUCAAUCGAGUCUUCUCGUCGCUGUGGUUGACAUGAAGAAGGCAAUGGCAAAAAAUAACAUCUUCCAAGUGAUCAUUGUUUUUCUCAUGGUGCAAGUCUGCUUGCUCAUGAUGAUGGCAGCACCGGCAGCACAUGCAGCUGCUAGACCAGUGGGGUACAAUCCAGUGUGCUGCCCUAGGAACAUUUACUGUUGCGGGUUCGGUGGCGCAUUGGCCAGUGCACCUGCGCCAUCCAUUGAGCCUUGA